GGAAUCCGCUGCUUCCCAUUCUUCCUCCGCAGACACACACACAACAUGGCGGACUAGAACAGUCGGCCGACGCGCCCGGAUACAGCGGAUAGAGAACCGUGGGAUUUAUUACCCAGGAAGGCCGACGAAAUUAGCCCGCGGAGGGACGGUGCGUGAGGGCGACCGGAGGACUUUCAGGGCCGGGGGGAGCCUUCCCUGCCUGGAUGUGGCGGAGUAACGCACCGCGGAGUGUUUGACUUGUGUGUCCCAGAUCGCGCUUCCCUCCUCGGCUCACCCAGGUCCCCCCCACCCCGCUCGCUCACUCUCGGUUCCUGGGGUGUGGAGACGGGGGCCGGGGCCGAAAAGGCGUGGGAGAGACGGAGAGGACAAACCCCAGCUUGGCUUCACUUUGUCUUUCUGAAUCUCCUGUCGGGCGCUUCGGGAGUUGCGGACAACGCUGUGCGAAUGAGUGAUUGAUGCCAACUCCGCUUCUUCAGGGCAGAAUGGGUGUGUGUCCCCUGCUCCUGCUGCUUGGUCUAGCCCUCGGGGCCUCGGCCCAGGAUCAAAGCCCCAUCACAAGUCCUCCUAAUAUCACUGCCAAACCCACAGACCCCCCAACCGCACACUCCCUCAACUUUACAGUCGCCCCCACUCCAGCACCCCCGGGCCCUGACACAACGCUCGCCCCUGCGGUCGUCCCGGUGACGACAGUAGCGACGACCACCACAACCUCAAGCCCAGCUGAUGGAGAAAACGUAGAACCAGUGGAUCCCAAUGCUGCUGCAAAAGUGUUACCGGUUCCUCCUCCCCCACCUCCGGCUCCAACUGAUGCCCCUCAGGCACCACCGAGCUCCGAGCCUCCCCCCGGAGAGGGGGGAGACAACGACACCACAGCCCAGACCCCAGACAUCCCAACUAUAGACACUUACACAGAUGAGGAGCUAUUCACUGUGGAGCCAGAGACCACCACAGAACCUGAAUUGGAGUUCACCACAGACUCCAGCCCACAUGACAACAACCAGUCAGAUGACAUGCCGAUCAUCGCCGUGAUGGUGGCCCUGUCCUCCCUGCUUGUCAUAAUCUUCAUCAUCAUCAUCCUCUACAUGCUCAGGUUUAAGAAGUACAAGCAGGCGGGGAGCCAUUCAAAUUCCUUCAGACUGACGAAUGGUAGAUCGGAUGAUACAGAGCUCCAGACUGUCCCGCUAUUGGCCCGUUCGCCCAGCACCAACAGGAAGUACCCGCCGCUUCCUGUUGACAAGCUAGAGGAAGAAAUGAACCGUCGCAUGGCUGAUGACAACAAACUCUUCAGGGAGGAGUUUAAUGCACUGCCAGUCUGCCCCAUACAGGCAUCAUGUGACGCUGCUUCCAAGGAAGAGAAUAAAGAAAAGAACAGAUAUGUUAACAUCCUGCCAUAUGAUCACUCGAGGGUGCAUCUCUCAUCUCUGGAGGGCGUCCCCGACUCUGACUUCAUCAACGCCUCCUUUAUAAAUGGUUACCAAGAGAAGAAUAAGUUUAUUGCAGCUCAAGGGCCAAAGGAGGAGACGGUCAAUGACUACUGGCGAAUGAUCUGGGAGCAGAACACAGCGACCAUUGUCAUGGUGACCAACCUGAAGGAGAGAAAAGAGUGUAAGUGUGCCCAGUACUGGCCGGACCAGGGCUGUUGGACAUACGGGAAUAUCCGUGUAUCUGUAGAAGACUCAAUGGUUUUGGUGGACUACACCAUCCGCAAGUUCUGCAUCCAGCAGGUAGGAGAUGUGUCUGGGAAGAAGCCUCAGAGGCUUGUCACCCAGUUCCAUUUCACAAGCUGGCCAGACUUUGGGGUGCCCUUCACCCCCAUUGGCAUGCUCAAGUUCCUCAAGAAAGUCAAGAACUGCAACCCCCAGUACGCCGGGCCCAUUGUGGUCCAUUGUAGUGCGGGUGUUGGGAGGACAGGUACCUUUAUUGUGAUCGAUGCCAUGUUGGACAUGAUGAUCGCUGAGAGGAAGGUGGACGUGUUUGGUUUCGUCACCAGGAUCAGAGCCCAGCGCUGUCAGAUGGUCCAGACAGAUAUGCAGUACGUGUUCAUCUUCCAGGCAUUGUUAGAGCACUACCUGUACGGAGACACAGAGCUGGAGGUUACGUCUCUGGAGUCUCACUUGGCCAAACUUUACACCCCCUCACCUGGAGCUGGCUGCAGUGGUCUGGAGGCUGAAUUCAAGAAACUGACAUCUAUCAAGAUCCAGAACGACAAGAUGAGGACAGGCAACUUGCCAGCCAACAUGAAGAAGAACAGAGUCCUGCAGAUCAUUCCAUAUGAGUUCAACAGAGUGAUCAUUCCAGUCAAACGAGGGGAGGAGAACACAGACUACGUCAAUGCAUCAUUCAUUGAUGGCUACCGUCAGAAGGACUCGUACAUGGCGAGCCAGGGCCCCCUGCAGCACACCACCGAGGACUUCUGGAGGAUGAUCUGGGAGUGGAGAAGUUGCUCCAUAGUCAUGCUCACUGAGCUGGAGGAGAGAGGGCAGGAGAAGUGUGCUCAGUAUUGGCCCAGUGAUGGAGUAAUGGUCUAUGGGGACAUUUCCAUCGAGCUGAAAAGGGAGGAGGAGAGCGAGAGCUACACGGUGCGUGACCUCCUGGUCACCAACAACAGGGAGAACAAGGCUCGAGCGGUGCGUCAGUUCCAUUUCCAUGGCUGGCCAGAAGUGGGCAUCCCCACUGACGGAAAAGGCAUGAUCAAUAUAAUUGCUGCGGUGCAGAAGCAACAGCAGCAGUCUGGCAACCAUCCCAUCACUGUACACUGCAGUGCUGGUGCCGGCCGGACAGGGACUUUCUGUGCGUUGAGUACAGUCCUGGAGAGGGUGAAGGCAGAGGGCAUCCUGGAUGUCUUCCAGACAGUUAAGAGCCUCAGACUGCAGAGACCCCACAUGGUGCAGACACUGGAGCAGUACGAAUUCUGCUACAAAGUGGUCCAGGAGUAUAUUGAUGCCUUCUCUGACUACGCCAACUUCAAGUAGGGACGUUCUAUGGAAGCAUGGAGAAAUGGAUCAGAACCCGGCACCAGAACCGACACCCACAUACACUACCAAGCAGAAAACUCCAUAUUUCCAUCUGAUGGAUUCAAAACAACGAAAAA